AUGGGACUUCUACACUUGCUCGAGAGCGCGGCCAUGCCCACUAUAGGACAGGCCGUCUACGCGACAGUAUCCAUCUCGCUCCUACUAUUCGCCAUCCACGUGCUGCGCAUGCGCGUCUUCCACCCUCUGCGCCGGUACCCAGGGCCCUGGCUCAACAGCGUGUCCGAGAUACCGGCCGCAUGGGCGCUGCUUCGAGGACGCCAGCCCAAGGUGUACAAGCAGCUACACGACAAAUAUGGUCCAAUCGUUAGGGUGGCGCCGAACGAGCUCAGUUUUAUCGACGUGGAGGCGUGGGAUGACAUCUAUGGGUUCCAUAAAUCCACGCCCAACUUCGAAAAGAGCCCCAUCUUCAUCGGCGCCGUCUCUCCCGUCGACGGGCAGACGGGCGUCAGCCUGGCCAACAACACCGAACACACACGGCAGCGGCGCGCGCUCGCGGCGCCCUUCACCAACCGCGCUCUGCUGCAGCAGGAGGGCAUCCUCCAGCUCCACGUCGACAAGCUCAUGGCGGCCCUGACGGCCAGGGCGCGGAGGGGCGAGGCGGUCAACCUGGCCGAGUGGCUCACGUACACGACCUUCGACAUUAUCGGCGACGUCUGCUUCGCCGAGCCCUUCGGCUGCCUGGACGCGGGCCGGUCCAACGAGUGGGCGCGCGCCAUCAUCGGCGUCUUCAAGGCCGCGACGUGGGACCAGGCGAUCCGGCGCGUCGCCGGCACCGGCACGCCGCUGCACCGGCUGCUGGUGCGGCUCGUGGUGCCGGCCGAGGCGGCGAAGUGGCGGCGCGCGCACUUUGACAACUCGCGCGAAAAGACCCUGCGGCGGCUCGCGGCGGCGGCCGACAAGGACGAAAAAGCCAGGCACCCGGACCUGAUCAAGCACAUACUCGACAGCGCCGACCCGCGCGCCGCCCUCAGCCCGACCGAGAUCGUGCUCAACAUGGUGCUCUUCAUCAGCGCCGGCAGCGAGACCACGGCCAACACCAUGACGGGCUGGGCCUACCUCAUGCUGCGAGACCCCGCGGCGCUGGCGCGGGCCGCGGCCGAGGUGCGGGCGGCGUUUUCGAGCCCUGGCGACAUAUGCUGGGAGUCUGUGCACGCGCGCGUGCCGUACCUGGACGCGUCCCUCGACGAGGCCCUGCGGCUCUUCUCGCCCGCGCCGUCCAACGCGCAGCGCGUCGUGCCGGCCGGCGGCGCCGUCGUCGCGGGGGAGCGGCUGCCCGCGGGCACCACCGUCGCCGUCGCGCCGUGGGCCGCCGUCCAUACGGCGCGCCACUUUGCCGACCCGGACCGGUUCGCGCCCGAGCGCUGGCUCGAUGGGGAAGGCGCCGACCCGGCCUUCAAGGAGGACCGCCGCGCGGCGUCGCGGCCCUUCGGGACCGGCCCCCGCGGCUGCAUGGGCAAGAACCUCGCCUACCUGGAGCUGCGCCUCAUCCUGGCCCGCCUGCUCUGGCACUUUGACCUAACCCCUGCCGAGGGCCCCGCCGCCCGCGAGUGCAUGAGGCGCUGGGACGAGGGGGAUAUGGACGCGUACCAGACAUGGAUGAAGCCCGACCUCUGGGUUGACUUGAAGGAGGCACAGCGGUAG